AUGGCUUCUUCCAACACAAAGGUCGCAGGAUAUUCCCAUAGCGAUGCUUUCAACUCCGGAUUCCUCCCUGUUGGCAGCAUCCACAAAGUCUGGUAUGCGGAACACGGUCUGCCAACAGGCCGCCCAGUCCUCUUCCUACACGGCGGUCCUGGAGGCGGGACAUCUCUUGCCAACACAGCCUUCUUCGACCCAAAAGUCUACCGAGUUGUUCUCAUGGACCAACGUGGAGGUGGAAAAUCAACUCCCGCAGCGGAAAUCCGCGAGAAUACAACUCAGCACCUGGUCGACGAUAUUGAGAGGCUGCGAGAACACCUAGGCAUCACUCAGUGGGCUAUGGUCUUUGGAGGGUCUUGGGGAAGUACUCUUGCGCUUGCCUAUGCCGAGGCCUACCCUCAAACGACUUUGUCUCUAGUCCUCCGUGGGAUAUUUGCUGUGCGAGAGUCCGAGCUGGCCAACGCAUUUGCUCCUUAUGGGGCGUCUAACCAGCUUUUCCCUGAGGCAUACGACGAGCUCUUGGGACACCUGAAAGCGAAUACAACCAAGAGCGCAGAAAGCUUAUCCGAGCCACGAACGCUGCUGACGGAAUAUUACAGACUGCUCUGUGACGAGGAUCCGGCUGUUCACAACGCCGCCUCUAGGGUUUGGAACAAAUAUGAGAUCACUGCAAGUACGCUCUUACUGAGUGAUGAACUCGUUUCCCAGCUUGAUAACAACGAGACCUGGAACCUUCAGCACGCACGUAUUGAAUGCCACUAUUUCCUUCAUGGAGCGUGGCUUGAAGACGGGGAACUGCUGAAACCGAGCAAUCUGGAGCGCAUCAAGGACAUUCCAUGUCAUAUCGUCCAGGGUCGCUACGAUGUAGUUUGUCCUGCCCGGACUGCCCAGGAUCUUCAUCUGGGAUUGCCGCAGUCAAAGCUGCAUAUUAUUCCUGAUGCGGGACAUAGUGCUAACGUAAGCUUCUCGUUUCCUCAGUCUCGCUCUAAGCGGUAUGCUAACAACUCAACAGGAAGUUGGAACGAAAGCAAAGCUGAUUGA